AGCCAGCAGCCAGCUCGCGCGCCGCGCACGGGACGCGCGAGGGGGUGGGAGGGCGUCUCGGUCGCCUCCAGCGCGGCUAGGGCGGCGCAACGCAGGCCGCAGGCGAGGGCGGGCUCAGUCUCUCGAACGCGCUCGCUGCCGGAGGUUGUGGAACGAGCCGCGUCGUGCCGCUUCUCUCGCCGGUGCCUGUCUGUAUCCUCUUGACGAAAACAAGGACGAUUUGACGGUCGGCUCCGCAGGCUCUGAUCAGGUCUGGUCACGGUGGCCAUGCCCUCCUGCGGGCCCCGCGGCGUCGCGGCGUGCCCGGCGUCCCGAGCGCGCGUCGGUCCGUGAGGAUGUACAAGACGGUCCGCGAGGGCGACGCCAGCCUGCAGUACACGAUCCUGCCGCAGCGAGAGGUCCACGAGGACGUCCACCAGGACGCCAUGGCCCCCCGGCACGUGAAGCGACGCGGCCGCUGGUGCUGCGGGCCGUGCGGGCUGCGGACGCGCCCGCUGCUGCUCAUGAGCGCCGUAGUGGCGCUGGGCGGCUGCGCCUUCUUCGUCGCUCUGCUACUGCCGGCGUACGCCUCCGCCCCCGACCUGGAGACGGCCGUCAGGUGCAUGUUCACGCUGGGCGGGGCGGGCCAGCGUGCCUCGGUCAACCCCAACGUCCACCACCCACCUCAACAGGCCGGGCCGCACAGCCGGCACCCCGAGUCACCCGCAGUGCCGGAGGACGACGACGAGGACAGCGAGGACUACCCUGGGCAGGGCCAGGUGGUGGCCAUGGUGUCCGCCCCGGAGCUGCCCCCGGCCGCGCCACCCGCACCCGCCGCCGUGCGCCUGCUCCCGACGGCGGCGCCCUUCGUACCCAACGCCCUGCCCGACGAUGAAGAGGACGACGACGAUGACGAAGAUGACGACUCGUCGGACUCGGGCGAAGCCAAGACUCCUCGUCGACGGGGUCUCGCGGUGCCGCCACCGCCGCCGGGACUGCCGCCGUCGCUGCUGCCUCAGCGCCAGCCGCCGGGGGUGGACAGCAAGCUGCCCCCGCUCAUGCUGGACCCCAUGAUGAUGGGCGACGCCCCGCACAUCCCGGCCCACCGCAAGACGAACAACGGGCUGUACACCAACGAGGACGACCUGGACCACAACAUCAUUGACCUGACGCGCAGCCGGCAGCGCGCCUCGCACGCGAGCACGCGCAUCUUCGUGGAGGCCCUGCUGCCCAGCAUCGACGGGGAGGGCGACGCGCGGCCCGGGGAGCCGGCGGCACCGCAACGGAGGUCCUGGAUGGCAUCCGCCAGCCUCUUCAACUGGAAGGACUGGGAGGAGUCGGUAGUGAAGAAGAUGGCGUUCGGCGCGGGAAUCGUCGUUGGCCUGUGCGUCAGCCUGGGGCUGCUGGUGUUCGUCAGGAGACGGAGGGCGUCCCGUCAGCACGGCCUCCACCACCAGGGUCACCACCUGCACCACCACCACCAUCCUGGGACCAGGACGUCGUCGCUUCGUCGGGAGUCCAAGGUGGACGAGGUCCGCGGCGUGGACACGACACGCGACCUGCUGGACGCCUCGGAAGAGGAGGCGUGAGGAAUUGGGAGGACCUCCUGGAACGGAUCCCCGGAAGGACUUCCCUCCACAAAGGAGUCCGCUGCAGUGUCUCUGAGACAAAUUCAAGAAAAAAUAUAGACAUCGAAGUCAUGAGUCUGUAUUUUGAUGGUGUGUAUUGGUCAGCUGUGAACUGAAUAAAGACAUUGUGUUUGGACGGUAUUUUUUUCUGGGUGUUUGUGUGUGUCGUGUGUGCGUGUGUGUGAUAAAAGUACGACUGGUGUGUGGUUGAGAAAUUUGUUUUGGCCAAAAGAGAAGAAUGUGUUACGUUAGUGUGUGUG